AGUCCAAAGCGACAAAGCAGUUCUCUGCCCUAAAACCCUUGGCUCCUCCAGGAGGCCGUGCCCUGUUGUUGCUUCUGCCAAGCCGUAGCAUUCGUCUUCUUCUUUCUGCAACAAUGAAGCUUGUUAGAUUUCUGAUGAAGUUGAACAAUGAGACUGUGUCGAUUGAGCUAAAAAACGGCACCGUUGUUCACGGAACCAUUACAGGUGUGGAUAUCAGCAUGAACACACAUUUGAAGACUGUAAAACUUACACUAAAGGGAAAGAACCCAGUUACUUUGGAUCACCUGAGUGUGAGAGGCAAUAACAUUCGUUAUUACAUCCUUCCAGACAGCUUAAACCUUGAGACAUUGCUGGUGGAAGAGACACCUAGGGUGAAGCCUAAGAAGCCAACCACUGGGAGGCCUUUGGGACGAGGACGAGGGCGUGGUCGCGGGCGUGGCCGCGGUCGAGGUCGCUAGAUCUGGUCCGCUGGUUUCAAUUUUUGUGACAAUCAGUUAUGUAAACAUGUUAACUUGAGGGAUGGUUAAUUAGGUCGACGGAUCUCUUCAAUAUUAUGUUGGAAUUUUAUGUGCGACUUAUCUUUGUACUCCAGCAAAUUCUCAGUGGCCAAGUUUAGGCAGGCACAGGGAUGUGAAUUAGUUUCUCAGUUGUGUUGUCUGAUUCGCUGCUCUUACCGACUUGCAGUGGUUAUAUUACAUCGGUAUUCUAGUUUGAGAUUAUGCGUCUUAA